AUGUCAGGUUUUCUAAAAAUUUUCCGCUCGAAGAAAACGGGUAAAGAAAAUGAAAUAGCUUCAGAUGAGCGUAAAUCUUUUCGUCGAAAUAAUGGCUUAAGUGAGAAUGAACGUCGCGAAAAACGAAUGUCUCAGUUACCCAGUCAAGACGAUCUUUUCAUGAAGCCAACAGCGCCUUAUCACGCUUCUUCUCAGCCAAAAUAUAUCAGGGGUACGAGAUCUUGCGUUGGAAGAGAAGAAUAUGACAAAUAUCGACAUUGUUUUGAUGGUUCUGUUAAGGAUCGGAAUGGCCCAAAAUAUGGGAAAAGAUCUUAUCAUGAUUCGAAAUUUGAUUGGGAUAUAAACACAAGUUUUAAAGGCAGAAAUUAUGAUCCUGAGCUUGAUUCAGACGAUUCUUUCGAUUCGCGAGGAAGAAGUUUGCUAAACAAUGAUAGAACGAUUCAAAAGCUGGAAUCAACAAUUAAUAAAUUGAUGUAUCGUUUACAAAGGGAAGAGGAACGAAAAAAUUCUUAUAAAAAUAAACUUAUGUCUGAACGCAUUGUUCGUCAGCAUGUUGAAACGAAAUUUGUAGAAGAUGUUCAACGGCUUACUCAACUUGUUGAUAAGCUAAAAAAUGAACAAAAAACUUAUGUGGCAAAAAUAUCUUUACUUGAAAAGCAAUUGAAAGAGUGUAAACCACAGUCACUAGAUAGACAUUUUAUGACGGGUCCACUGUUUUGCACGCCACCAAUCACCUCAAAUGAACAUUCAGGAGUUAUUGCAAGAGAAACUUUAUGUUCGAACAGUUCAACAGUGCCUGCACAGAAUGUGUUCCAUUGUAAUUCUUUCAACGAUGAUGGCAUAGAUGAAGUGAAAAAUUUUCGGGUUAACGAAUGUUCAUCAUUAGAUAUUCCUCGUGAUGAAUCAACUCAGACUACAUCAGAAACAUCCAGUGAAUUGCGUGCUGCCAAUUUUACUCUUCUGAACUCAACUGCAGAAAAACAAAGUCCUAUUGCGAACUCAAAUAAAGGCAUUAAUUUUAAUGCACCUCUUAACGAAAAUAACCUGGGUAUGUCGCUUAAUCUAAUAAUGCAGCUCUUCGCUCAUGGCUUCUCAACAUUUACUGUAUGA